ACAACAGCCACUCCUACAACUACCACAGAGGAUCCAACAACAACAACAGCCACUCCUACAACGAACACAGAGGCUCCAACAACAACCACAGCUUCUCCCACUUCAACCACAGCUGGCCCUACAACUACCACAGAGGCUCCAAAAACCACAACAGCCACUCCUACAACUAGCACAGAGGCUCCAACAACAACCACAGCUUCUCCCACUACAACCACAGCUGUCCCUACAACUACCACAGAGGCUCCAACAACAACAACAGCCACUCCUACAACUAGCACAGAGGCUCCAACAACAAACACAGCUUCUCCCACUACAACCACAGCUGACCCUACAACUACCACAGAGACUCCAACAACAACAACAGCCACUCCUACGACUACCACAGAGGUUCCAACAACGACAAAAGGUGCUCCCAUUACAACAUCAGCUGCACCUAUAACCGCAACAGAUGCUCCAACAACAACCACAGCUUCUCCCACUACAACCACAGCUGUUCCUACAACUACCACAGAGGCUCCAAUAACCACAACAGCCACUCCUACAACUAGCACAGAGGCUCCAACAACAACCACAGCUUCUCCCACUACAGCUUCUCCCACUACAACCACAGCUGGCCCUACAACUACCACAGAGGCUCCAACAACAACAACAACAACAGCUACUACUACAACUAGCACAGAGGCUCCAACAACAACCACAGCUUCUCCCACUACAACCCCAGCUGGCCCUACAACUACCACAGAGACUCCAACAACAACAACAGCCACUCCUACAACUACCACAGAGGGUCCAACAACGACAACAGCUUCUCCCACUACAACCACAACUGCACCUACAACUACCACAGAGGCUCCAAAAACAACAACAGUCACUCCUACAACUAGCACAGAGGCUCCAACAACAACCACAGCUUCUCCCACUACAACCACAGCUGGCCUUACAACUACCACAGAGACUCCAACAACAACAACAACAGCCACUCCUACAACUACCACAGAGGUUCCAACAACGACAACAGCUUCUCCCACUACAACCACAACUGCACCUACAACUACCACAGAGGCUCCAAUAACCACAACAGCCACUCCUACAACUAGCACAGAGGCUCCAACAACAACCACAGCUUCUCCCACUACAACCACAGCUGGCCCUACAACU